AUCUCCUUUGAGUUGGCUGAAUAUACCGCUAAUGUGGACGGCGUAGGUACGCUUCGUCUCUUGGACGCCGUGAAGACGUGCGGCCUGACCAACACCGUGAAAUUCUACCAGGCCUCGACCAGCGAGCUGUUCGGCAAAGUUCAGGAGAUCCCUCAGACGGAAACCACGCCCUUCUACCCUCGCUCACCUUACGGUGCUGCCAAGCUCUACGCUUAUUGGAUCGUGGUGAACUUUAGAGAGGCCUACAACAUGUUUGCUGUCAACGGGAUCCUCUUUAACCAUGAGAGCCCGAGGAGAGGUUCAAACUUUGUGACGCGUAAGAUCAGCCGUUCUGUGGCAAAGAUUCACCUCGGCCAACUGGAGUGUUUCUGCCUGGGCAACCUGGACUCCAAGAGGGACUGGGGCCACGCCAAAGACUAUGUGGAG